AUGAGCACGCUUUUGGCGUGUCCCUACUGCGGUCUUCAGCUAGGGAUGUCUUCAAUGCGGGCACACAUUGCUCUGUGUAAUAGUUGCGACCCCAGUGGAGACAACAGUGAGGGCAGAGAGAAAUCCAGCGAGGCCCUAACACGCUCUCGCAAUUCAGACGUAAUUUCUUUUUUUACGAUCCAGGGACUCCCCUCCGCCGAUACCCUGAUUCCUUCGCGGUCCCCGAGCGACAUGCAUACUCCGCAGGUUCUUCAUCUGGACUUGCGAACCAAGUCGAGUGGGAAAACAACCGCGAAGGAUGCGAAGGUGACAAUGCCCUUGGUGCAGUUAGUUUCCAAACGACGCUAUGGCUCGCGCUGCGGUUCGUCUUCACUCCCCUCUUUCCCUUAUCAUGGCAACGAUCAACUGUUGACGAUGUAUGAUGCUGUGGGAAAUGGAGCUUACUCGUCACCCUUAGCCGCAUCGAGCAUAGAAAAGUGUGCAGGUAAUAAGGGGCAUGGUGAAUGCUUCAACGGGAAGGAGAACAGGGGAAACUUGGCAUCGUUGGAAGAUCCACAGCUCUUGGAAAGAGUUUUCCGGCUGGAGGCUAUGAACAAAGAGCUUUACGAAGCGCUGGCCGUUGAGAGAGAGACGCAUGAAAGAUCAAUGGCAUCGCUGGAGCGUACUCUGACUUCUGUCCAGGCCGAGUUGUCCACCCUCCAUGCAUUGGUGGCUGGUACCGCCAAGAGUGCAGAGGCGGCUCAUUAUGGCAUGAAGGAUAUUGAAACCCGACUUGAAAACGUUACGACUAGGGAGGCGUUUAGACGUUUAGAAGAAAAGUUGGAGGAUUUGUUUGUCUGGUCACGCACAUUGCAGCAGGGAACACGGCUGCCGCAAUGGACAGUUUCUCAUGAUAAAAAUGACAAACUAACCCUGGUGAAUCACCUUGUAAUGAACACUCCAUCUGACUCAUGUGAAAUCGGUCGCGGUAUAGACAGGGGCAGAGGCACUGGGAGUGAAGGAUGGGAUUCCUUUGCAGGGAUGCCGUUUCUGAGCAAAGACACAGGGGAGUUGAUCGCACAUCUUCUUAAACAGCAGCCUGCAGCCUGGAUACAUACUCUGGGCUCUGCUUCAGCGUCGGAGGCUUCAACGGCUCUUCCUGGGGACGGUUGA